AUGGGGCCCCCUACUGACCCCGGGCCCUCGGGCAGUGCCCGAGUUUCCAAAUGGUCAGUCAGCCCUGGCUUGAACUAUCUUGCUUUGCAUCAGUGCCACCUGUCAGUGUCCAUCAGUGCCAGCUGUCAGUGCUCAUCCAUGCCAUCUGCCAGUUCCCAUCAGUGCAACAUCAGUGCCACAUUUCAGUGCCUACCAGUGCACAUCAAUGCCACAUAUCAGUGCCCAUCUGAGCUGCCUUUCAGUGUCACCCAUCAGUGCCAGUCAGUGCCACCUAUCAAUGCCAGUCAGUGCCACCUAUCAGUGCUGCCAAUCAGUGCCACCUAUCAGUGUCGCUUUUCAGUGCCAGUCAGUGCCACCUAUCAGUGUGCUUCAGUGCCUCCUAUCAGUGCCUGUCAGUGCUGCCUAACAGUGCCAGUCAGUGCCGUCUAGCAGUGCCGCCUAUCAGUACCAUAUAUGAGUGCUGCCUUUCAGUGCCCAUCAGUGAUGCCUGUCAAUGCCCAUCAGUGCCAACUACCAGUGCCUCCUCAUCAGUGCCCAUAAGUGCCACCUAUCAGUGUCCAUCAGUGCAGCCUAUCAGUGCCCAUCACUGCAGCCUCAUUUGCACACAUCAGUGAAGGAGAAAAAUCACUUAUUUACAAAAUUUUAUAACAAAAACUAAGAAAAAACUUUUCAGUGGUUUUUGGUUUGUUUAAAAAAAAGUAA